CGUCGACAAACCUACCUAACAAGCCACAUGUACUAAGAACAGCUCAUGCUUGCUCGGACACAAGUUCUUCCACUCCUUUGUCCACCAGUUCCUUGCGACUCCUGAACACAUUCUCUUACUAUGAUCGUUCGCCGGUAUUUGUAUCGCGUUCCUCUAAGUGAACUUGAGAUAAUACGGUCCAUGUCGAAUGAAGACCCUUCCUGAUACCAUUAGGACUUGUCAAGCAGACAACUGCUAAGCAAGGGGGAGCCUUAUUAACAUGGAAGAUUUAGUGGAUAUCCCAGAGGACUCUAUGCGACAUGUUGAAGCACUUCUGGCGAGACAUCCUCCACAUUUAAUCCAAAGGAUGUUUGCACAGACUAUCGAGUCACGACGCAACUCUGUUGCUUCGUCCUUCAUGUCAAUACAUAGCGCAUCUACGCAUUCCUCGUCAUCGUCAAAUUCGUCAUGGCGUUCUCAUCUUUCUAUGGCGUCUACGUCUUCGACAUUGAGUGCGAGCAGUGAUAUGGCUCUUCCCAAUGCGUCGUUGACUUCAUCGCGUUCAAGGAUGAGACGAACAGAACCACGCUCAUAUCCCGUUGAAUUGGACCCAACACGAUCAAAUCCUGCCCUGUUGACUUCUGUUUCGAACGUCAGUAGUCCUCUUGAAAUGCAGACUGAUUCGAAUUAUACGCCUACGGAUGACAUUAGUAUCGCGUCGCCUGUUACGCUUCCUGGCGAAAGGUCGCAAGAUCAAACUGGCGAAUCGUGCAUGUUUUGCACAUACUGCGCUGAACAAAAGGUUCUGAAGACGUUCAAAGCUAAAUCCGACUGGAAAAAACAUGAGACAAGGAUGCACGAGACUGGAGAAAACUGGCCCUGUAUCGUGAACGGCUGCAACCGCAUAUUCGACAGACAAAAGGAUUUCAUCAAACACCAUCAGCGCUAUCACUCCGGACAGCCUUUGCCAUCUUUGACAGACAUUGGCAUUACACUUCUUCCGCGAAAAGUAUUCGGCUGUGGGUUCAACAAAUGUAAAGAGGUCAGCAUUGGAUGGGACGAGCGAUGCGAUCAUGUAGCCAAGCACAUGAAAAACGGUACUACAGACCAAUGGACGGAAUGGAAAUAUUCCAACGUGAUCCGCAAUCUGAUGCGACAAGGAGCCUUGCAUGGAUCUUGGAAAGAGCUGAUCGCAGAUUUGGAUGAAAGAUUAUGGGAGAGUCGAUCGCGCAUCUGUUGGUCUCCGGAUAACACCAGGAUCCUUAGGCAAAAACUCCAGUGUUGCGAUCUUAGGCCGAGUCGAGAAGAGGUCCUCAUCACGGCCAUGAGUCUACGGUCUGAUAUUGUUCUCGACCAUGUACACCAACUGCUGCCGGCUGGAUUCGUCGUUCCGAGCAGAGACUCGAUAGUGAACGUCGAAAAGCUAACGCGCGAGCAGCGCAUGCACAUUCUCAACGGGAACUCGAACACUCAGCUCUACCGAACACGCUUAGCCUCCAUCAAUGCCGCACUUCUGCGCGCCAGCAUCGCAACGUCGCAUACUCCUGCCUGGGAUUGCAGAUCGCCGCCGUACAACGAGCCCAUAUCUCCGGUUGACGACACCAUGAACCGCCGCAUCAGUUAUAUGGAUGUUGACCCUGCAGAAUUUUUGGACCUCGCGCAACCAGCUAUACCUGAUCUUCCAUCAACCAUGAAUACGCCGGCAUCCAACGCGCCACACCCUCCAGUCCUGGCUAACGAGCAAUACUCUCAUUCGUACGCAAACAACUUUACGCAGCAAGAACCUCCGACUGCCAAUCCACUUGGAUCUUUUUACCCAAGCUACUUCGAUGCCGCACCCCAGUUUGAGGAAUCCCAGUAUUACGACCGCCGCUCGUUGAGCCAGAUGAUCUCAAGACCAUUGCAGAAGAUUGGAAGCCGGUUCAGCACCUCCCGAAAUAGUCCAGAUUCAGUUUUGUCGUCCCAAACAAGUCAUCCAGAACUCAACAGCGCUGAAUUCGCGAUGCAAACCCCCGUGGCCGCGAUGAACAUGCGACAUUUCCAUCAACAACCCCAACAGCAACAACAAGUUUAUCAACACCCAGUAUCGCAUGCUCCUUCAUUUCAGUACCACAAUUCUACACAUACGCAUGACCCGCAUUCGUUUCCGCCUCAGCGUUGAUCGGUGAGAUUGCGUCUUGUCAUUUCCUUUGUUUUUCAGCGAGCAUAUAGACCUUGGUCAUCUACGUCUUUUUGCGUUUCAUUGAUACCCCAUGUGCCUUUAGCAUAAUGAUAGACAUGUACAAUAAUGUAUAACGACGGUAGGGCAGGCGCAUCGGUAAAUCCAUAAGGCAAUUGGCAUUUUUCAAUACAUAUAUAUCAUAGGAUUGGGCGUUUGUUCAUGUUUCUAACGGGCGUCUGGAGCAUCAUGCAAUUCAAAG